CUAGAUAGAGAUUCACAGGUACAACUCCAGCUCUAUUCUUGGCAGCUCCUCCUUCACCACAAAUUUGCAUUUCCAGGUUCUAUACUUCAUAAUUACCAUUUUUCUUGAAUUCCUGGUUUUUCAUAUUAUAUUUCAAAAUUUCAAUUCCUUGGCCUUUUCUUGCUAUAAAAAGUUGGUGAAGUAUCAAUUAGGUCAAAAACCCAGGAAUUAUCCCUUCAAUUGAGGGUUUUUCAUGUAUUGAUUGAUAAUGUAUUAUUGGGUGCUGAUUAGAUAUGACGUUUAAUUACAUUACGUAAAUUGUUGUGGUCGAGCGUUGGAUGCAUUGAACUUAGAUGUGGUUAUGGUUUUGAAUAUUGUGGAUCGAAUGGGGGCUGUGGAAAUACCAAAAUGGCUUGAAGAGUUGCCUUUGGCACCAGAAUUCCGGCCAACAGAUACUGAAUUUGCAGACCCAAUAGCUUAUAUAUCAAAGAUUGAGAAAAAAGCAAGUGCCUUUGGUAUAUGUAAAGUGAUUCCACCAGUGCCUAAGCCUUCAAAAAGAUACGUUCUUUAUAACUUGAAUAAGUCACUUUCCAAGUGUCCAGAAUUGGGUUCGGAGGUAAAUGUCAGUUCUUCAAUGAACAUGAAUGAUGGGGCUGAAGGGAGUAAUGGUUCUGAGGCUCGGGCAGUUUUUACAACUAGGCAUCAGGAAUUAGGUCAGAAUGGGAAGAGGGUGAAGGGAGCAGCUGGGAAUCAGUUGAUAGGAGCUCCAAAGCAAGUAUGGCAAAGUGGGGAAGUUUAUACAUUGGAACAGUUUGAAGCGAAGUCAAAGAAUUUUGCUAAGAGUCAACUAGGGGUGGUUAAAGAGGUUUCCCCAUUAGUUAUAGAAGCAAUGUUUUGGAAAGCUGCUUCAGAGAAGCCCAUAUAUGUGGAGUAUGCGAAUGACGUGCCUGGCUCUGGAUUUGGAGAACCAGAGGGAUCAUUUCGAUAUUUUAAUAGGCGAAGGAGGCGGAGGCGGAAAAGGGGGACUUUCGAUAGAAAUAACCAAGGUAGUUCCUGUAACAAUGACCAUGUAACUAACUGUAGCAGUACUGUGAAUUAUAGUAGUGUGGAUAAGGAUGCACAGGCAUCUAACUUGCAUUCAGAGGUUUCUGGAGCAUCUACAUCGCUACCAUCCAUGUCAUUGGACCAGUCUGAAAAUUUUUCUGAUGGAAAGUUUUCAAAUGCUAGUAAUGAGAUGCAUGGAACAGCAGGUUGGAAGCUAUCAAACAGUUCUUGGAAUUUGCAAGUAAUUGCAAGAUCUCCUGGGUCACUGACACGCUACAUGCCAGAUGAUAUACCUGGUGUUACUUCUCCAAUGGUUUACAUUGGAAUGUUAUUCAGCUGGUUUGCUUGGCAUGUUGAAGAUCAUGAACUUCAUAGCUUAAAUUUCCUUCAUACGGGCUCCCCAAAGACAUGGUAUUCAGUUCCAGGAGAUUAUGCAUUUGAUUUUGAAGAGGUCGUUCGCCUUCAAGCUUAUGGGGGAAAUACUGACCCUUUAGAUGCACUGACUCUCCUGGGUGAGAAGACUACUCUUUUUUCACCAGAAGUUAUUGUUGCAGCAGGCAUCCCAUGUUGUAGGCUAGUUCAGAAUCCUGGUGAGUUUGUUGUGACUUUCCCAAGGGCUUACCAUGUAGGAUUCAGCCACGGUUUUAAUUGUGGAGAAGCUGCAAACUUCAGUACUCCUAAGUGGCUUACAAUAGCCAAAGAAGCCGCUGUUCGCAGAGCCGCGAUGAAUUACUUGCCCAUGCUUUCUCAUCAGCAGCUGCUAUACCUGUUGACAAUGUCUUUUGUAUCAAGAGUGCCAAGAUCCCUACUACCAGGAGCACGAAGCUCUCGUCUCAAAGAUCGUCAGAAGGAAGAACGCGAGCUCUCGGUAAAGAAAGCAUUCAUAGAAGAUAUUUUAAAGGAAAACCAUCUGCUAACUAUUCUUCUUCAGAAAAAUUCAUCUUAUCGUGUGGUACUAUGGGAUGUGGAUUUGCUGCCAGCUUCAAGUAAGGACUCUGAAUUGUGCAGUACUGUUGUAACUGAUGGGACACAAAGAAGAGAAGACAGUCAUCCUGACAACUGCAGUAACCAAGAUCUUUACACGCAGAUGAGCUUGUAUAUGGACACUAUUACUGAUUUUUAUGUAGAUGAUGCUGAUGACAUACAAAAUGAUUAUCAAGUUGAUUCUGGAACUUUACCCUGUGUUGCCUGUGGUAUUCUUGGUUUUCCUUUUAUGGCUGUGGUACAACCAUCGAGCACAUCGAGAGACCUGCUGCCUGAGGAUCAGGCUAUGACUCAACAAUUAGGAGUUUGUCAACCAGCGGGUUGUAAAUCCUUGGAUCUUGAUUUUAGGGCUGAAAGCUGUAUUCCAGAGACAAGAAAGCCAGUUAAGAAGAAUAUUAACCAUCCAGAUGAAGCAUCUCCUUUUGCUGAAUCAAGCCCAUCCACUUGUUCUCAUAUGGAGGAGGAUGCCCUGUCUGUAGACAUUAAUACUUCAUCAUUUCCAGUGCACGUAACGGCUUCUUCAGCAGUCAAGUUUGACGGGUGGAACCUUUCAACUGGCUAUUUCAGACCUCAAUUGUUCUGCCUGGAGCACGCAAUUGAAACCGUGGAGCUAUUGCCCAAAGGUGGUGCAAAUGUGCUUGGAAUAUGCCAUUCAGACUUCCAGAAAAUAAAAGCACACAGUGCAGUUGUAGCGGAGGAAAUUAGCAUCCCUUUUAACUACAACGAGAUUCCAUUAGGAAAUGCAUCCCAGGAAGACCUGUACCUGAUUGAUCAUGCAAUUGAAAAUCAAGAAAAAGAUGAAGGUGCACAAGAUUGGACCUCAAAAUUGAAUCUCAACUUACGCCACUGUGUAAAGAUGAGAAAGAACUUCCCAUCCCAGAAAGUGAAGCAUGCAUUGGCUUUAGGUGGGUUGUUUUCUGAUGGAGUUCUUCACUUAAAGGCUUUGAAGUGGCAAUCCAGGAAAUCACGUUCAAAAAGGAAUGCAGAUCCUACAAACUUUAGCAAGCCAUCUGUGAGCAUCCAGACUGAGAAAGUUGAAGAACCGGUAGAAAAGUCGGGAAGCAGAAUGAGUAGGAAACUAGGUCAAGUAAUGAUCCAAUAUUAUAGGAAAAGACACAAGUCGAAGCCUCGUGGUUCUGAGGGAGCCAUUAAGGCCUUGGUGGUUUCUGAGAAACAUCCUUCUGAUGAAAUUUCAGGUGCUGACAGUGGAAAUUGCAAGGAAAAGGAGAGAGACAUGUCUAUGAAUACUCAUGUUAGAGUUGAAGGUGCAGGGAAGGGCGCUUCAGGGCCAACUUGUUUGGCCUACAGUAGGAAGUCUAAGUUGCGGAAUGAAGGUCAAAAAGUUGUAUCAGGUGGAGGUCUGAACGAAAAUUCUUUUGAAACUUACGAACUUGUCGAGCUGAAUAAAAACUACGAUUUACUUUUGAAGGACUCCCACAAAUUGUCCAUGAUCAAUGUUGCCGAGGAAACUGACGAAAACCAUGACUCAGUAAAUUCUGAAAAUUCUGCAGGUUCACUUGGCAUUUCUGUUUAUGAUACUGAAAGUUCUGAAGUGAUGAGGGAGGAUGAAAUUUGGGGAUGUUCUCAUGAAGAGGCCUCUGAACCUGCCCCGUCAUGUCCUCAUGCUGAUGAAUCUUCUGGGGAAAGGUGCAAUCAACAAGUUGAGACAACAGUUCUAGAUAAAUGUCAAAUGAGCAGUGGCGAAAUGGAGAAAGAAAUCUCCUCAAUGAAGGGAGCUGAUCGGGAAAGAGCUGUUUCAAGUGAUGUUCUGACAUCGAAUACAUCUAACCCUUCCUUGACGGAAGAACUUGAAGCACCUCGAGAGAUGCCUGCUGAUGAUCAACAGCAACGUGACAAUCAGAGUUGCACCUUAUUUGAGAACAAGGAGGUGGAUGAUGCAAUUUCUACCCUAGAACAAUUCCAACAUACUGAAAAAAUGAGAAGCAAAAGAAAAAGAGAAGUGGAUAUCCAAAAUGAAGAUCAACCAAAUUUUGGCAGCUUCAGUAGAAGUCCUUGUGAAGGUCUAAGGCCAAGGACCAAAAGAGAUGCUGCAGGAGACACGACUGGUGCCGAAAAGCCCUUUGAGGAUUUAAGCAAAGGAAGGAAGGUGAACAAGCAUUUAAAUGGUUCGGAUCUGCACAAGCACAAGAGAGAGCAAAAGAGAUGCUCUCACAAGUGCAGCAUAGAAGGCUGCCGAAUGAGCUUCCAGACCAAGGCAGAGCUAGUCCUACACAUGCGUGAUCGCUGUCCAGUACAAGGGUGUGGGAAAAGGUUCAGCUCCCACAAAUAUGCAACAUCUCACCAGCGGGUUCAUGAUGAUGAUAGGCCACUAAAAUGUCCGUGGAAGGGGUGCAGAAUGACAUUUAAGUGGGCUUGGGCAAGGACUGAACACAUACGAGUCCACACCGGGGAGAGACCAUACAAGUGCAAGGUUGAUGGGUGUGGCCUUAGUUUCAGGUUUGUAUCAGACUUCAGUCGGCAUAGACGGAAAACUGGCCAUUAUGUCAACUAACCAAAUAGGUUAGUUUUUGUAACAUAUCAGAUCGGGGUUGGUGGAUUCUUGGGUCAAAAAAUAGACCUCAAGAAGCAUGUAAAACGGGAAUGCUCUGGUCAUUCGGCUUUUUGGAGUAGGGUGGGGUAGACUCUUUGAAAUGUACAUUGCUUUAGCUUAGAAUGAUUGCUCUGGUAGUGAUAUUCGUCUCGUCUCAAAAAAAGAAGCAUAGAUUUGAUAUUUCAUGGAUAGUGGAUGCAUGUUCUUGCUUAUUUUAUUUCAUGACACCUGUCUUUUGUUUUGUGCACUGGUUUUAGUCGCACA